GUACACUAGCCUCAAAGCCAGGAAGAGCGCCAGCUUGGCGCUGUGUGAGGCUCCGGAGCGGGCUUGAACACGCGUGGCAUAGUGGUUUCUUCCUCUAUUACAAUUGCCGCAGCGCGAGAUCACCGGUCGCCGCGAAUAACGCGUUGUCAGAGAGCUGCUCUCCGGUGAGUGCCACCGCAGCGCGAGGCCACCGGCACGCCUGUCGCCGCGGGCUACACGUUUGCAGCAAAAAGCUCUCAGAGAGGAAGAUGGUCCGCUUCACGCUCGACGACCUCGACGUCUUCUUCCCCUACCCCUCGUUGUACCCCGAGCAGUUCGCGUACAUGUGCGAACUAAAAAAAGCGUUGGAUGCGGAGGGCCAUGCUUUGCUCGAGAUGCCGACGGGCACGGGAAAAACCGCUUGUCUCUUGGCAUUAGUGACGGCCUUCCAGCACGCCCACCCGGAGGCCGGGAAGUUGAUUUACUGCACGCGAACGGUCCCGGAGAUGGAGAAGUGUCUGGCCGAGCUGAAGCGACUGAGGAAAUAUAGGGAUGAAGUACGCGGGGCAAAUGCACCGAAGGCGCCCUUUCUAGCUUUAUGUCUCAGUUCGAGGAGGAAUUUGUGUGUGCUAGAUGAAGUCGUCAAUAGGACCGACAGAGAAAGCGUCGACGCCGAAUGUCGCAAACGCACGGCGUCGUGGGUGCGCGAAGCGAGGGCACAAACCGGAAGCGGACCGUGCUGCUCGUUUCAUGAUACGUGGGCAGCAUUGGGUACUGAUGCGCAAAUUCCCGACGGCGUCUACGACGCCGAAGACUUACGAAGGUUAGGUAGACGUACUGGCUGGUGCCCCUACUUCGUCGCGAGACACGCGAUCCAGCACGCGAAUGUCGUCGUGUACAACUAUCAGUACAUGCUCGAUCCUCGGGUGGCCGGUCUAGUCACGAGGGAGUUGGAGAAGGAGUCGAUUGUGGUCUUCGACGAGGGCCACAAUAUCGACAACAUUUGUAUCGAAGCUUUGAGUGUGGAGCUAGACGACAAGUCUUUACGAGCGGCGGAGCGGUGCGCGAAGAGACUUGGUAGGAAAGUCGACCAAUUGAAAGAAAGCGACGCGCAGCGCGUGCGCCAGGAGUACGACAAUUUGGUGAGGGGUCUAGGCUUGAACCAGGCAGCACCUAGAACAGAUGAUGCGCCGGGUGGGCCCGCGGCGCCUUUGCCCGACGAAUUAUUGAGAGAGGCCGUGCCCGGCUCGGUAAGAAGGGCCGAGCAGUUCCUCCAGAUGUUGAGGUUGCUCGCGCAGCAUUUACUGCGACGAUUAUCCUCACAACGCGUGGAGGUCGAGAGCACGACGGCUUUUUUAGCCGGUUUAGAACAAAGGACGACGCUCCAAGCGAAGCCUUUGAAGUUCUUCCACGCGCGGUUACAGCAACUCCUCCGAACGUUACGAUGUGUGGAAGUAGAGGACGCGCGAGCUCUUGGUAGAGUCGCCCAGUUCGCCGCCACGGUCAGUACGUACGCGGAAGGCUUUUCGAUCGUCGUCGAUCCGUUGCGGAGGGGGUCGUCCGGCGUGCCCGAGCCGCAACUGGAUCUGGCGUGUCUCGAUGCAUCUCUAGCGUUAAAACCGGUCGUCGAACGGUUCCGGUCUGUCGUGUUGACGUCUGGAACAUUAUCUCCGUUAGACUUGUACCCCAAGCUGCUGAACUUCGCGCCGGUUGUGCGGGCGUCGCUGCCGAUGUCGACCUUCCGACCUUGUAUCUUACCGUUAGUUGUGAGCAAAGGUGACGACCAACGGAAGGUCUCGACGCGGUUCGAAAGCAGAGAUGGCACGGACGUCGUGAGGAACUACGGCGGCUUGCUCGUGCAGCUUUGUGAGGUCGUGCCGGACGGGUUGGCCGUGUUCUUCACUUCUUAUUCUUAUAUGGAACGGGUCGUCCAGCAGUGGGACCAUGAUGGUACCUUACAACGUAUCUUAACGAGGAAGCUCAUCUUCGUCGAGACCAAAGAUGUGCUCGAGACGACGCUAGCCUUGGAGAAUUACCGAAGAGCUUGUGAUAGUGGUAGAGGGGCUGUGUUCUUCUCGAUUGCUCGCGGCAAGGUCGCGGAGGGCAUUGACUUCGAUCGACACUACGGCCGCUGUGUAUUGAAUAUCGGCGUGCCCUUCCAGUACACGCAGUCUCAUGUGUUGCGGACUAGAUUAGAAUUCCUCCGCUCGAAACAUAACAUCCAGGAGGGCACGUUCCUGACGUUCGACGCAUUACGACAGACCGCCCAAUGCGUCGGGAGGGUGGUCCGUUCGAAGACGGACUAUGGAGUUGUUGUGUUAGCAGACGAUAGAUUUGGAAGAAAAGAUAAGCGGAGCAAGCUGCCGGGCUGGGUGCGCCAGUUUCUGAGUGAUGCGCAGCUCGACCUCAGUACAAGUAACGCGCUGGGCGCCGUGCGCGGCUUUUUGAGGCGCAUGGCGCAGCCGGUAGACGAUAGGGAUUUGAAGCAGAUUCUUGUGGAUGAGCGGCGGCUGCGGGAGCUGCUCGCGGACCGGGCGCGCGAGAACGCGUGUGCGCCGCCGCCGAUCCCGGCGCCUGUUAAUCCCGCACCGCCUCCCCCAGCGGCGCCGGCGCCGAUGGACGUCGAAGCGGCGCCGCCCGCGCCGGACGGAAGGAUGGACGUCGACGCGAUGCCCCCGGCAGCGCAUCGCGUCGGUCCACACGUCGUCCAGGCCGCCGCCGAGGCCAAGGACGACGCGGGUAGUUGUUGAUGUAAUUGUUUGUGCACAGUC